GCCGUCGCACUCUUGUGCUCUCGUGGCCAGACCGAACUGCUCCUCCCCCGCAUCGAGGUUGACAGGGAUAAGCGCACCUGACCACCGGUUUCAGCGGCCCGAAACGGGGGUGGUUGUUCGUUGGGGUAACGCGACCCGUAUUUGGGAGUCCAAGGGCGGUGUCUCCAACAACACCUACUCUACUCUGGUCUCAAGGUCCCAGUUGGGGGAUUGUCUGUUGAUACUUGCUAGAUAAAUCAACAGCAACCCCUCCAGAGUCGGAUCUCACGCUUUCAUCCGCCCAAACAAACAAACGAACAGAGACAAUGGCCAGCAGCCGGUACCGGUACACGUUCCCGAGGAAUCCGAAGGCCAAUCCGAAGGCCGUCGUGACAGGCGGCAAGGGAUCCUCUUACUAUCGCUUCACCCUCCUCACCGAACGGUUGAUCCGUUACGAGUGGUCCGAGGACGGAGGCUUCGAGGAUCGCGCGUCCACGUUCGCGGUAUUCAGAUACUUUGAUGCCCCGCAGUACCGCGUUGUCGAGACAAACGACAGUCUCGAGAUCAUCACGGACUACUUUCACCUCACCUAUGACAAGAAGAAGUUCUCAUCGGAAGGACUUUCCGUCAGAGUCGGCUCCGACCUCUGGAAUUACGACGGCAAGAGUUAUGGAGACCUGGGCGGCACCGCCCGGACCCUAGACGGCGCCUAUGGCCGCGUGGACCUGGAACCGGGUGUGCUCUCGCGCAAAGCUUAUGCGAUUCUCGACGACAGCAAGUCUAUGCUCUUUGACGACGACGGGUGGAUUGCCAUUCGCGAGCCGGGCCGCAUUGACGGUUACGUGUUUGCCUACAGCGGCGAGCACAAGGCCGCCAUCAGGGACUUCUACCGCCUCUCCGGGCGUCAGCCGGUGCUCCCCCGCUGGGUGCUGGGGAACUGGUGGUCCAGGUACCACGCAUACUCGGCCGACGAAUACAUCGAGCUUAUGGACCACUUCAAACGCGAAGGAAUCCCGCUCACGACGAGCAUCGUGGAUAUGGACUGGCACCGGGUUGACGACGUCCCGCCCAAGUACGGCUCAGGAUGGACGGGCUACAGCUGGAACCGCAAGCUGUUCCCGGACCCCGAGGGGUUCCUGCAGGAGCUGCGUAAUCGGAACCUGAAAGUGGCCCUCAACGACCACCCGGCGGACGGCAUCCGGGCGUAUGAGGAUCUGUACCCGGCGGUGGCCAAGGCCCUGAAUCACGACACGUCGCGAGAGGAACCGAUCAAGUUUGACUGCACCGAUCGCAAGUUCAUGGACGCCUACUUCGACGUUCUGAAGCUCAGCCUCGAGAAGCAGGGCGUCAUGUUCUGGUGGAUCGACUGGCAGCAAGGCACCGGCAGCAAGCUCCCCAGCGUAGACCCGCUGUGGGUGCUCAAUCACUACCACUACCUCACCAGUAAGCGCAACGCGAAAGACAUCCAACGUCCCAUCACAUUCUCCCGCUACGCCGGCGCCGGUGCCCAUCGGUACCCGAUCGGCUUCUCGGGCGACACGCAGACGACUUGGGAAGGUCUCGAGUUCCAGCCCGAGUUUACCGCAACGGCAUCCAACAUCGGCUAUGGCUGGUGGAGCCACGACAUCGGCGGGCAUUGGGGCGGCGUCCGCUCCAACCAGCUGACGGUCCGCUGGGUCCAGCUGGGCUGCUUCUCCCCGAUCCUGCGGCUGCACUCGAACAAGAGCCCGUGGAACUCGAGAGAGCCGUGGAACUACGAGGACGAGGCGCACAGGAUCAUGAAGGACUUCCUCAUCCUGCGCCACCGCCUCAUCCCCUUCCUCUACACCAUGAACAUCCGGGCCAGCUACGAGAGCGAGCCGCUCAUCCAGCCCAUGUACUGGAACCACCCGAAGGACGAAGAGGCCUACACGGUGCCGACGCAGUACUACUUCGGGCCGGACCUCCUCGUGGCCCCCAUCACGUCUCCCAACAGCACCGUCACCCUGAUGGGCCGCGUGCGCGCCUGGCUGCCGCCGGGCCGGUACGUCGACCUGUUCUACCCGCACCUGGUCUACGACGGCGGCCGGUACAUGCACCUGCACCGCGACCUGUCGCAGAUCCCCGUGCUCGCGCGGGAGGGCACCAUCGUGCCGCUGGACACGACGCCCAGGACGGGCCACGGCGCCGCGCGGCCGACCGAGAUCACCCUCCUCCUCGUCGUCGGCCGGGACGCGCACUUUGAGCUGGUCGAGGAGCCGGAGCAGCAGGACCACCAUCGCCACGGCGGCGGCGACGACGGCGAUGACCAACCCCCGCUCAGCGCGUUCGCCCGGACCCCCAUCUCGUGGUCGCAGGCGGACGGCGUGCUCACCAUCGGGCCGGAGUGGAACGGCGCCGGGGCCCGCCGCUGGCGGCAGUGGAACGUCAAGCUGGUCGGGCACACCAACACGGACGUGCAGGCGCAGGUGCCCGGGUUCCGGGUCACGCGCGACGUCGAGGGCGGGUGCACGACGGUGGCGCUCGGCAACGUGCACCGGUGGCAGCAGCCGCACCAGCGGGACGGCGGCGGGUUCGAGAUCUCGCUGGGGCGCGACCUGCAGCUGGACGUGGUGGACGUGCGCGCGCGCGCCUUCGAGGUCCUGCACCGGGCCGAGAUGGGGUACGAGGCCAAGGACCCCGUCUGGGACGUCUUCACGUCCGGCGACGCGGUGCAGACGCGGGUGCAGCGGCUGGCGGCGCUCGACGUCGACGCCGCGCUCAAGAACGCCCUCAUGGAGGUCUGGGCGGCCGACGGGCGGGCCGAGGGCAGCGCGGCGGGCUACGAGACCUGGGUGGACGUGAAGGCGUGCGCGGGAGACGCGGUCGAGGAGGCGCUCAAGGAGUACGUUAUCGUGUGAGCUCUCGGUAUUCGGUCUUUUUCUCUCGUAUCCGGGUUUUGUUACUCUCUCUUCUUCUUGUUUUUCUUUUUUUUUUUAUUUUCUUUUCCCUCUUAUGACCUCUUGGGACGAUGGAUUGGAGUGGAAUCGCCUUCUUAUGUAUUUUAAAUCGCGAACACGCUGUUGCACCGGCUGGAAAGAAUUAAU